GGAGGCGGUGAAUGGGCGGCGUCAUGGCACGGAGUGCGGAGGUGACGACCCACCACGGGCUCGGGCGGAGCGCCUCAGUCGGAGCAGCGCUCGCUCGGGCGGGAGGAUAGCAGUGUGACCCGUCAGCUCGCAGUGACAGCGCGCCGCGGACGGUGCUGCGGUGGGGGAAGACGGUGUGGAAGACCGUGCUACAGGAGGUGACGAAGAGGCGGUGAGGCAAAAGGAGAGUAAUUAAGAUUUGGCAAAAUGCCAGCGGCGGGGGUGGACGUGGCGGCCGCAGUGUCGUUCUCCGUCAACAACCAGCAGCAGAGAGUGUCGAAGCGAGCCACCAACGAUGAGACGGUACCCAGUGAUGUCACGUCGACCACGACGCUGGCCGAGUACCUGCGACAGCACCAGCAGCUGCCCGGCACAAAGACCAUGUGUCGCGAGGGCAUGUGCGGCGCCUGCGUGGUCAACGUGACCUCUGUGAACCCGGCCACCGGCCAGAUGGAGAGUCGCGCCGUCAACUCGUGUAUGGUGCCGCUCAAGGCCUGCCACGACUGGAAAAUCGAGACUGUGGAGGGCAUCGGGAACAGGAAGGACGGCUACCACCCGGUGCAGGCGAGGCUGGCUCAGAUGAACGGCACCCAGUGCGGCUACUGCAGCCCGGGAAUGGUCAUGUCCAUGUACAGUCUGCUGAAGUCUGGGGGAGAAGUGACCGAGGAACAGGUAGAGCAGGCGAUGGACGGCAACCUGUGUCGCUGCACCGGCUACAGGCCCAUCCUGGACGCCUUCAAAACAUUCAAGGCAGACGCCGACGAAACUACCAAGAAGAUCGUCAAGGAUAUCGAGGAGACAGCCGGAUGUCACAGUAACAAGAGAGGACCGUGCCAGUCAAAGACAGCCUGUGCAGGGUGUCCUCGGGUGAAGUCGUCAUCCACGGCGGCUGAUGACGACUGGCGUCUGCCGACGUCACUCCAGCAGGCCAUCAGCGACAUCGGGACCAUGUCCAACGGCGGCAAGACCAUCCGAAUGGUGGCCGGAAACACCUCCAUGGGUGUGCUGGACAAAUACAACGAUCCGUCGGACGGCUACAUCUCUCUGCUGAAGAUCCCGGAUCUGCGCGUCAUCAAGCGUCCCGGCGAUCAGAAGUCCAAGUUCAGCAGCUCGUCGGAUGGCGCCGUGUUCGGGGCGGCCGUCACCCUAUCUGAGCUCAUCAGCGAGUUCGACGAGCUGGCCAAGAGGGCCGGCUACAAACACUGCGCGGAGAUGGCCAAACACCUGCGGGUGGUGGCCAACACGCCCGUCAGGAACGCCGCCACCUGGGCCGGCAACCUCAUGAUCAAACACAAGUACAGAGACUUCCCGUCGGACGUCUUCCUUCUGUUGACGGCCGCCAAGGCCAAACUGAAAAUCGCGGAGGGACGGAAGAUGGAGGAGAUGUCUAUCGACAAACUGUACGAGAUCAGCAUGACCAACAAGAUCAUCGUCUCCAUGAGCCUCCCUCCCAUGGACAACAAUAAAUGCGUCUUCAAGUCGUACAAGAUCACUCCCCGAGCCAUCAGCGCCCACGCCUACGUGAACGCUGCCUUCGUGAUUCCGUUCGACGCGGCCACGGCCAAAAUCACCGAGCGUCCGACCCUGCUCUUCGGAGGCAUCAACGACAAAUUUGUGCACGCGGAGAGGACCGAGCGGUAUCUGACGGGGCGAAUCAUCUCUGAUGAGGCCACCGUGAAGGGGGCGCUGACCACCCUCCUGGACGAGGUCGAGCCCCACCCGGACCCCGAGCACGCCGACGUCGCCUACAGGAAACGACUCACAGGCAAUCUGCUCUACAAGGUGAUUCUGCAUACUCUGGGUGACCGGGUGCCGGUCCGUAUGAGGUCAGGAGGUGAUGAUCUCACCCGUUCCACCAUGAAGGGCACCCAGGAGUUCGACACCGACAAGACGCUGUGGCCCGUCAACAAGGCUAUGCCCAAGCUGGAGGCGCAGAUCCAGACGUCGGGCGAGGCCGAGUAUGUGGACGACCAGCCGGACCUGCCCGGAGAGUUGCACGGACACUACGUGCUCAGCACCAUGGCCAACGCCAAAAUAGACAGUAUCGACGCCUCAAAGGCACUGGCACUGGAUGGGGUCCAAGGAUUCUUCACUGCUAAGGACGUGGUCGGAUCAAACAAAUUCGUCUCCAUGGCCAUGUUCGGACCCCUAUUCAACCUCGACAUGAACAAGAUCAUCCCAGAAGAGGUAUUCGCCGAGGAUUCGGUGCGUUACGCCGGCCAAGCGAUCGGACUGGUGGUGGCCGACACGAAGGCGAUCGCCCGCAGAGCCGCAGCACUGGUCAAGGUGGAGUACACGCAGGUGGCAGCACCGGUCCUCAACAUCCGGGAUGCUCUGAAGACGCAACCCGAAGGGUGGAAACAGACCACCUUUGCACCGUUCUGCGUGAACACCGGAGAUGCAGAAGCGGCGAUGGCGUCCGCGCCGCGGCGCGUGAAGGGCGAGUGGGAGAUGGGCGGCCAGUACCACUUCACCAUGGAGCCUCAGACUGUGCGCGUCAUCCCCUGCGAGGACGGACAGCUCAACAUUUACAGCGCCACGCAGGGCAUCAAACACGUCGUGGACGCAGUGGCUGACGUCGUCAACGUUCCUGCACACAAGAUCAACGCCGAGGUUCGCCGUAUCGGUGGUGGCUACGGAGGAAAGAUCAGCAACCCCAUUCCCAUCGCAAACGCCUGCGCCGUGGCGGCCACCAAGCUGAACAAGCCCGUGCGAAUGGUGCUCGACAUCGAGAAUAUGAUCGAGAUGUGCAGCGGACGGUUCCCGUUCUUGAUUAAGUAUGAGGCCGGGUUCGACGACUCCGGCAAGCUUCUGGCGCUGAAGAUGCACUUCAUUACCAACAACGGCUACACGUCGUCGAUCCUGAGCGCGCUGGAGCUGCAGGAGGUGAUGCACAUGGUGACCAGCGUCUACAACACGGACAACUGGAACGUGACGGGCGGCUCGGUCUUCACCCACCUCAACAUCAACACCUCCUGCCGCGCGCCAGGUUCGGUGAACGGCGUUGCCGGUAUCGAGAUGGUGAUGAACCGUAUCGCUCACGAGCUCAACAUGGACCCGUGGGAGGUGCGACGGGUCAACUUCGUCAUGGGACACGGCAAUGAUCCUAAACCUCCCAUGGUACCCAACGACGAGAAGGUGUUCUCCAUGAUGGUGAAGGAGAUGGAAGAAAAGGGCGAGAUCAAACAGAGAAAGGCCGACAUUGCGACCUUCAACAAGAACAACCGCUGGCGGAAGCGCGCGCUGUCGCUGGUGCCGCUCAACUACCCGGUGGCGCUGAUCAUGAAGCACCCGGUCCUCAUCUCCAUCUACGACAAGGACGGCACGGUGGCCGUCUCACACGGAGGAGUCGAGAUGGGACAGGGACUCAACACCAAGGUGGCCCAGGUGUGCGCCCGCGAGCUCGGCGUGCCCCUGGAGCUGGUCUCCGUCAAACCCAACAACAACCUGGUGAAUCCGAACGGCGUGGUGACGGGCGGCAGCGUGGGCAGCGAGAUGUGCAGCAUGGCUGCCAAGAUGGCCUGCGACCAGCUGAAGGAGCGUCUGCAGCCGUUCAGGGCGGCCGAGGGGGAGCCGGAGCGGCCGUGGCAGCAGGUGGUUCAGAUGGCGUCCAUGAUGGGCGCCAACCUUACCGCCCACUCACAACAAACCCCGAUCAUGACUCCGUACAUCGUCUGGGGUCUGACGGCGGCCGAGGCCGAGCUGGACGUGCUCACCGGCGAGUACCGCUUCAACCGCGUGGACGUCUACGAGGACGCCGGCAAGGCGCUGUCGCCGCUGGUGGACGUCGGACAGAUGGAGGGCGCCUUCACCAUGGGAAUGGGCGCGCUGCUCUUCGAACAGUUCCGAUACGAUCCGCAGACAGGACGGAGAAUCACCAACCGCGCCUGGAACUACUACCCGCCGACGCACAAGGACAUGCCACGCGACUUCAGGGUGAAGCUGUUGAAGAACAACGUCAACGACUUGGGCAUCUUCAACUCCAAAGCUACCGGGGAGCCGGCGGUAUGCAUGGCCAAUGCCUGUUUGAUGGCACUCCACCAGGCGGUCAUCGAAGCCAGAAAGGACGCCGGACUCACUGAAUGGCUCCACCUCAAUUCUCCCGGCACUGUGGAAUACUCCCAGAUGGCUUGCGAAACUUCUGUCGAAAUGCUUCGGCUCUCCUAAGCACCAUUGGAGGCCUCAGGCCAGGACUAAUGGCGCCUGCAGGGAAAGAUGGAAGUAGCGCUUCCAGACAACCCGCAGGCAACAAACGAAGUGUCCCUGCGGACUUGCUAGCUGUGUUUGUGUUAAAGUGGUUGAGGGAUUAGCCUUAGCUGAUUUAUCAUUGCAAUAAGUUAAACGAAUUAGAAGCUAGAAUAAUGAAGAAUUAAGUCGGGUUAUCUGUGUUGGUGCUGGGGCCUUGCUGCUUCGCUCCGCCUGAAUAUUUAUCACUUAUUAGCUGGAUCAUACAUAUUUCCCUUCUGCACAUACCAUCUCGAUGUUCGGACGCCAAUCUCGUCAAUAUUUAUUAAGGCAGCUAUGUGACACAUUUUUAAGUGUGUAUCGAUGUACAAUCAUUAUAAUUUCUCUAGGCGUUUGCAGAACGCGUUCUAUUGCUUUGGUAGCUGGCCGCCGGGCAUGGACCAAUGUUAGUUCGAUGUAUGAUCUGAACCGAACCUGUAUGGCGUGUCGCAAAUACUGUUGCCUCUACAUUACAACGAUGAUGGCAAUAUUUUGACUGCAUGUAUGUGUGAUAUUGAAAUUGGUCAUCUCCGCCAUGGCCCUGUGCCCUUCUAUCGAAAGGUGCCAAAGCAAUAGAUAGCGUUAUGAAAGCGGGUUUCCACCCAGUGACUUUUAAGCUUCUUGGUUUUGGUGAACUCGGCGGGAGCCGAAAACGGUGGUGGACUUGUCAUAGUGCUCGUCUGGUCGUUCACCACAAGAAGUUUGGUGAGUGAUUUUUACAUGCAUGCUCGGGUAAUUUGACAAAUAUACGACUAUUAAUUUGUA